AUGAUAGCACCUGACGUCAAACUACUCCAACCUCUUGAGAACGAUAACGCUCGACGUGUCCAGGUCACCAACGAAGAGAAGCAGAAAGAAGCGGCUGCAGCUGCGGCGGCGACCGCCGCAUCGCCGGGGGCACCACCGGUGGCGAUGCCGGCGGUAACGGAACCUGAGUCUCGCAUGACCCUGACCAAGGUCGUAUAUCGGCUAAAGAAGUGGAAGCACCUCUUGGGGUGCCGAGUGUUCAGGGCGCCGUCGGAGGUGCCGUUGCAGCGGUGUAGCCCCUACCUGGCGCAGGUACACUGCGAGCUGGAGACUUGGCAUUCUUCCAGCCAGGCGCGAAUCGAGAUCCCGGGACAGUACGCCAGCUGUGACGGAGAGCCCAGGCCGGACCUCCACGCGAAGCUGCUCCGCUUCCACUCGACCGUGUCGGUGCUUCACCGGCAUGGUUUCUCUCAGAGGCGGCUGAGCAUGCUGGGCAGUGACGGUCGCCGGUACUUCUUCCUCGUACAGUUCGCGAUCCCGCACGUGACGCGGACGGACGAGAGGGUGAUGCAGGUGCACUCGAUGCUCCGGAAGUUCUUGGAGAGGGACCCGCAGACCAGGGGGCGCGACUUGGCGGUGCAAGUCCCCGUCGUCGUACCGAUCACUCCUCGCAUGCGGCUGAUGGAGGACCACGAGGCUUUCGUGUCCCUGGGAGAGAUCUACGAGGCCGAUCGACACCGCCAGGGGCUGGACCCGGAUGCGCCCAUCAUGCUGUGCCGCGAGAGGGUCAGCGCCGCGGUGGCCGCCGCCGCCGACAAGGAGGCCGGUAAGAAGGCGGAGAGCGAAGAGAGGCUCAAGGUCUUCAACGAGAUCUGCAGCAAGGACGUCACUGCGGACAUCCUCACGCGCUACGUACACGGAGUCGUGAAGGACGCGGAGGCGGUGUGGGCUUUCCGCCGUCACUUCGCCGCGCAAGCGGGUAUCUCGUCCCUGCUGUGUCACAUCUUCACGUGUGGGGAGCGUUUCCCACACCGAAUCAUCUUUGACAAGCGGACGGCGAGAGUGGUCAGCUGGGAGUUCCGCCCAGGGUACACCCACGCUGGGCUGCUGGAGCAAGCGGAGGACGUCCCCUUCCGGCUGACGAGGAACAUGUCGACGCUCAUGUCGCCCAUGCUAGUGGAGGGUGUUCUCGCUCUGACCAUGGUGUCGAUGAGCGGCGCCCUGAUGGCCAAGAAGGAGGUCCUAGAACCGUUCCUGGCGCUGAUCCUCAGGGACGAUCUUCUUUCGUGGCACGUCAGCAAGGCGCCGGUCAACAGGACAGAGGAGCAGCAGAAAGCGGUGGACGUGCAGCUGAAAGAACGCAUCGGGAUGAACGUGACGAAGGUGAUGAGCCGCCUCGACAAGCUCAAGCCCAGGGUACGCAACAACGCUCACGGGCAGCCCAUGCCCGUGGAUAGGGCCGUGCACGACCUCAUCGCCGCGGCGCAGAGCGAGUCCAACCUCGCCAAGAUGAGCCCCACCUUCCUGAGCUUCGUUUAGAUUUGUUCUUGCUGGUUGGUCAGCAUUUGGGUUGGUUGUUUUUUGUUUGUCCGUCUCUCCUGCUCUCUCCUGACGAGUCACCCAGCCUCUUGUGUUUUGGUGGUGUUUACUGCCGCUUGCUUCUGCUGGUGUGCACCGCUUUGCGGGGACAGGGCGAGAAGGGCACCGCAGUGGUAGGCUGUCGUACAAUAGAGUGGGGUCUUUUUGGCGAGAAUGUGGACCUGAUCGUGGCACGAGAUUCAUAAAGAGUAGGAGUCCGUGUUAUGUUGGGCGGGGAGGACAUGUGAAUGAUUGCUGUCGCUCGUGUCUGGCAGGGCCGGGUGGGUAGCAAGUGGGUUUGAUUGGUGAGGGAGGGAGGGAGUUGUCCGGGCUUAUGGGCCUGCCGAGACUGUGUGCGGGGCCGAGGGUGGAUAUGUACGAAUCGUGUCCCUCGGACGCACUAGAGACGGACGGGUGGGGAGUUAGUUGGUUGGUUUUGUCGUGAGGGGAGGGAAAAGGAAAAGGUUGGUAGGGCUUUAUGGCUUUGCUCGGAUUGUCCCAUUCAAGACUCGUCUUUGUGACGAACGAAAGGUAUCGAAGGAAGCAUCUCGCAGUGUUGUGUACUGAUAUUUUAUUCUUCACUGCUCAGGAUUUGGUGCUUUUAGAUGCUGCAUGUGAAGGAGGAAGGGCAGAGUAUCUGCAGAGUGAGGCGGGCGGGGGAUAUUGAUUUUAGUGCUCUGGGAGGAAGGGCGAAGCAAGAAUGUAGCCGAAACAUCGAAGCCUACACGUAGAGCCGUUCUGUUAUCAUAGAUAUAGCCAGUGUCUUGUCCGAAGGCAAACAUUAUUGGUCGGAGUAUUUUGUGCGAGGUGUGCAACGCAUACAAUGCAGUCUGCACGUGUUACAAAAAAUAUUGGAAAUUUCGCGAAAUUUAAAACGUUGUCGUACCA